GUAAAGCAUGUGAUCCUAGAAGUCGUGGUCACUUGGGCGUAAAGCUCUACCUUCCUGUUAACACCCUGACCUCCGUCCGGUAUAAAAACACCCAUUCUAGGCAGUCUGGCUCUCCACGUGAAGCAAACCAGUUUCCGUGUUAACCGACAGCUAGAAGCAGAGGUCUCCCGGUUGCUGCUUCUGAGGCUGGGUCUGCAGCAGCUGAGGCUCCUGCCCUUCCUGCCGAAGGGCCUAAGUGUCUGUCCCGACACCUUUGAGAGUUCUAAUAAUGGAUUUCCCAUUUUAUUUUGAGAUUUGCCCUUGCGGCCCACUAGCUCGGACAGCAUAGGAAAGCCUCGAAAGUGCAGUUUAUAGCUUCCAACUCGGCUCAAGGUUCAGACGGCACCUGGGCUUCCGAGAGCCACUGGUGUUCCACGAAAAGCUGCCCGGGACUGGAAGGCGCCCUCUGGACGCCGGAACCUUUGGUUUCCUGCCGUGGAGCGAAACAGCGCCAGGGGCCUUCCGGAAAGAGGAGCGAGAACUCAGCGAUCGUGAUGGCAGCGGCACCGGCUCUGAAGCACUGGCGCACCACUCUGGAGCGGGUAGAGAAGUUCGUGUCGCCGCUCUACUUUACCGACUGUAACCUCCGCGGCAGGCUUUUUGGGGCCAGCUGCCCCGUGGCCGCGCUUUCAAGCUUCCUGACACCGGAGAGACUUCCCUACCAGGAGGCAGUCCAGCAGGACUUCCGCUCGGCGCAGGUCGGCCACAGCUUCGGACCCACAUGGUGGACCUGCUGGUUCCGGGUGGAGCUGACCAUCCCAGAGGCAUGGGUGGGCCAGGAAGUUCACCUUUGCUGGGAAAGUGAUGGAGAAGGUCUGGUGUGGCGUGAUGGGGAGCCUGUCCAGGGUUUAACCAAAGAGGGUGAGAAGACCAGCUAUGUCCUGACUGACAGGCUAGGGGAAGGAGACCCCCGAAGCCUCACCCUCUAUGUGGAAGUGGCCUGCAAUGGGCUCCUGGGGGCCGGGAAGGGAAGCAUGAUUGCAGCGCCUGACCCUGAGAAGAUGUUCCAGCUGAGCCGGGCUGAGCUGGCCGUGUUCCACCGGGAUGUCCACAAUCUCUUGGUGGAUCUGGAGCUGCUUCUGGGCAUAGCCAAGGGCCUCGGGAAGGACAGCCAGCGCAGCUUCCAGGCCCUGUACACAGCCAACCAGAUGGUGAACGUGUGUGACCCUGCCCAGCCCGAGACCUUCCCGGUGGCCCAGGCCCUGGCCUCCAGGUUCUUUGGCCAACGCGGAGGUGAAAGCCAGCACACCAUUCAUGCCACAGGGCACUGCCACAUUGAUACAGCCUGGCUUUGGCCCUUCAAGGAGACCGUGAGGAAAUGUGCCCGGAGCUGGGUGACCGCCCUGCAGCUCAUGGAGCGAAACCCUGAGUUCAUCUUUGCCUGCUCCCAGGCGCAGCAGCUGGAGUGGGUGAAGAGCCACUACCCCGGCCUGUACUCCCGCCUCCAGGACUUUGCCUCCCGUGGGCAGUUUGUGCCCGUGGGGGGCACCUGGGUGGAGAUGGACGGGAACCUGCCCAGUGGAGAGGCCAUGGUGAGGCAGUUUUUGCAGGGCCAGAACUUCUUUCUGCAGGAAUUUGGGAAGAUGUGCUCCGAGUUCUGGCUGCCGGACACCUUCGGCUACUCGGCACAGCUCCCCCAGAUUAUGCGUGGCUGUGGCAUCAGGCGCUUUCUCACGCAGAAAUUGAGCUGGAAUUUGGUGAACUCCUUCCCGCACCAUACCUUUUUCUGGGAAGGGCUGGAUGGCUCCCAUGUACUGGUCCACUUCCCACCUGGCGACUCGUAUGGGAUGCAGGGCAGCGUGGAGGAGGUGCUGAAGACCGUGGCCAACAACCGGGACAAGGGGCGGGCCAACCACAGUGCCUUUCUCUUCGGCUUUGGGGAUGGGGGUGGCGGCCCUACGCAGACCAUGCUGGACCGCCUAAAGCGCCUGAGCAAUACGGACGGGCUGCCCAGGGUGCAGCUCUCUUCUCCAAGGCAGCUCUUCUCGGCGCUGGAGAGCGGCUCCGGGCAGCUGUGCACGUGGGUCGGGGAGCUCUUCCUGGAGCUGCACAAUGGCACCUACACCACCCACGCCCAGAUCAAGAAGGGGAACCGGGAAUGUGAGCGGAUCCUGCAUGACGUGGAGCUGCUCAGCAGCCUGGCCCUGGCCCGCAGUGCCCAGUUCCUGUACCCAGCAGCCCAGCUGCAGCACCUCUGGAGGCUCCUGCUUCUGAACCAGUUCCAUGAUGUGGUGACCGGAAGCUGCAUCCAGAUGGUGGCAGAGGAUGCCAUGCGCCACUAUGAAGACAUCCGUUCCCAUGGCAAUACACUGCUCAGCCAUGCGGCCGCAGCCCUGUGUGCCGGGGAGCCAGGUCCCGAGGGCCUCCUCAUCGUCAACACCCUGCCCUGGAAGCGCACCGAAGUAAUGGCCCUGCCCAAGCCGGGUGGGGCCCACAGCCUAGGCCUCACCCCUAGCCCUGGUGACCGUGCCCAGCAUGGGCUAUGCUCCUGUUCCCGCCCCCACCUCGCUGCAGCCCCUGCCGCCCCAGCAGCCUGUGUUUGUAGUGCAGGAGCCUCAAGGCCUCCUCCCACAAAGACUGAUGGCUCCGUGACUCUGGACAAUGGCAUCAUCCGAGUGAGGCUGGACCCGACUGGCCGUCUGACAUCCUUGGUCCUGGUGGCCUCGGGCAGGGAGGCCAUUGCCGAGGGUGCCGUGGGGAACCAGUUUGUGCUGUUUGAUGAUGUCCCCUUGUACUGGGAUGCGUGGGACGUCAUGGACUACCACCUGGAGACACGGAAUCCUGUGCUGGGCCAGCCAGGGACCCUGGCAGUGGGUACUGAGGGCGGCCUGCGGGGCAGCGCUUGGUUCUUGCUGCAGAUCAGCCCCAACAGUCGGCUUAGCCAGGAGGUCGUGCUGGACGUUGGCUGCCCCUAUGUCCGUUUCCACACUGAGGUACACUGGCAUGAGGCCCACAAAUUCCUGAAGGUGGAGUUCCCGGCUCGUGUGCGGAGUUCCCAGGCCACCUAUGAGAUCCAGUUCGGGCACCUACAGCGGCCCACUCACUACAACACGUCUUGGGACUGGGCUCGAUUUGAGGUGUGGGCCCACCGCUGGAUGGAUCUGUCAGAACACGGCUUCGGGCUGGCCCUGCUCAAUGACUGCAAGUACGGGGCGUCAGUGCGAGGCAGCAUCCUCAGCCUCUCACUCUUGCGGGCGCCUAAAGCCCCAGACGCUACCGCUGACAUGGGGCGCCACGAGUUCACCUACGCGCUGAUGCCGCACAAGGGCUCUUUCCAGGAUGCUGGCGUUAUCCAAGCUGCCUACAGCCUCACCUUCCCCCUGUUGGCUCUGCCGGCCCCGGGCCCAGCGCCAGCCACCUCCUGGAGUGCCUUUGCCCUGUCUUCACCCGCCGUCGUAUUGGAGACGGUCAAGCAGGCUGAGAGCAGUCCCCAGAGCCGCUCGCUGGUCCUGAGGUUGUAUGAGUCCCACGGCAGCCACACGGACUGCUGGCUGCAUCUGUCGCUGCCGGUUCAGGAGGCCAUCCUCUGCGACCUCUUGGAGCGACCAGACCCUGCUGGCCACUUGCCCCUUCGGGACAACCGCCUGAAGCUCACCUUUUCUCCCUUCCAAGUGCUGUCCCUGUUGCUCGUGCUGCAGCCUCCACCACACUGAGUCCCUGGGGCUGGGGUUUUGUUUGUGGAAGGCUUUGGGGACUCCUAAUUUCUGCUUCCCCAGCCUAAAAGAGGGAUCAGUCUCUUCUUGCAGAAUAAAUCCUUGGAUGAG